AUGGGGGUAACCGAGAAGGAAGAGAUCCCGGUCGAGUUGAUGCAGUCCAUCAUCAGAGUGGUUACCGACAAAGGAAACUACGGCCUGCCCCUAGAACGCGACGACAACACCGCCAACAUCGGCUUUAUUGACGCCGAUAACUAUGUACCCGGAUAUGUGCACGAGUACUGCAAGAUCUUUGCCGCAGGCCUCUAUGCCGCUCAUUCGCCCCACGCCACGACUAUGCCGCCUGACUUUGGCAAUCUUGUCCACCCGGAGGAGGCAGUCCAAGCAGGCCAAUAUGCCCCGAUCAAGCAAGAGCCCCAGAAUGAGCCCUCAUUGCAAAGGAUGUUGAACAACCCAUUGUCGCUAACGAAGCAGCCGGAGCCUAUCUAG